AUGUGGCCAACAAAUAACGGCUUUCCAAAUAAUGGACAAUUUCAAUCAAACAAUUUCAAUCAAGAUGAUCUAUCUGGAACUACACCACUGCAGUCUCCUUUCUCUAGCGGUGGACCAAGCCCCAAUUUCUUUCAACAGCCAAACAUGUUACAAUAUGAUGAACCGAAUAUUGAUGGUUACAAUGGCUUCUCUCCCGAGAUUCCUAUGUACAAUCAGGCAGCUUUCGCACAAAAUCAAUUCAUAUCUCCCAAUCGGCCACCAUACUCCCCUCAAUUGAACUCAACUAAUAAUAGUGUGGCUCCUCCUACUCCUACGCCGACGAAAGAACAGCUUGCUGCCAAAACUGCCGAAUUAAGAGCAAGAUUGAUGAAGGGAAAAGAAGGCCGAGCCAACUCAGCUACCCCACCAGUUCUUGCACCAGCAAAACAAAUAACUGCGAUAGAAUCGUCGAGCUCAUUACAACCAUCCCCUAAGAGUCCUGCUCAAGGGGUAAAUAUCGACGAACACUUACGCCGGGAAAAGGAGAUAAAUGAUCUCAUUUCUGAUUAUUCUGAAACCAAACCAAGAGCAGGACCAAAAAUGAACCCUGUGGCAGGAAAUGGUACUGCCAAAAAAACACCUAUCAAUACAAAUAUUCUAUCUGCGAACCCUCAAAUUUCAGGAACUCCUACAAAAAUCAAGAAAUCUAGUAGUGAUCGAACUAGUAAUGGUUUUCUAGCAGAGAGCGAUGUCAGGAAUGUCAGAAAUGGGUCGAUGUCGGAAGGAGAAAUACUAGAUGAGCCUAGCCCUAAGAAGCUUCCGCCCACGGAGCCAAAGGGAAAUCAGAUCAAUAUAAAAUCGGCUAACGUUAAUGAUAAGUCUCUGAAACCGGAAGAUGAGCGCACGAUUCGAUCACCUUAUAUUCGUGUAAAGGCUGAAGAACCUGGCCCCUUGACUCGACGUCCAGUACAAGCACAGCCAUCAAACCCCGAACCUCCUCGUUUUCGAGAUGAACGCAGAGAAGAGGGCGAUUAUCGACCAGAGAGAAAUCCAGCCUCCGAUCAUAGAUAUGAAAAAAAGUCGCAUCAAGACACUGACAAAAAACAUCACCCACGCAGAUUUUCUCGUGACAAUAAUGAUGAUUAUCGCCGCCCCGAGGCUGCGAAGGAAGACAUCAAAUCUUCACGAGAGUCUAGACCACCAACACUGGCACAAGUUUUACCCCAUGACACUGAUUUGAGAGAAUGGCUGGACAUGACUCAGUAUCAUGAUAUAGUACACAGAAACAAGUUCUUGAAGACUGCACGAGCUCUGAAGGAAUUGGAAGAACAAAAGGCCAAACUCUUAGCAGGUAUACAAGACGGUCAAAGUCUUGUAAAUUUUAACGUAGGAAACUUGAUGAACAGCUUAAUACAACCCCAGAAUACCCCAGCGGUAGCGGAGCCUACAGAUCUUCAUGAUCGUUUGACAUCUAACAAGCGCAACUACAGUGAAGUCCAAGAUUCUCAAGGGGAGGCAAACUAUGGAAAAGUAGCACGCCUUGAGGAUCGAGAACAUGAAAAUCGCCGUCGACAAAGUUCAGUAGACUAUGAUUCCUCUCGCCGCGCCAAUGGUGACCGUGGAGGUCGUUCUUAUUUUGAAGAGUCUCGUAACCGUGGUCGAAGUCGCAGUAAUGAUCGUGAAGUGUCCCCCGGUCUAAGGACCUUUGAGAGCAGACCCCCUGCACGGACUGCACGCGAAAGAUCUUUUGAAGUACAUGGAAGUUACAGAGGAAAGGCCUUUGAUCCAAAUUAUCGAGGUCGAGGAGGUCGGGGAAGAGGCCGUGGUAAUUGGGAGCCGCAUGAGUCAAGGAGCGAAGCUGGAUUUGGAUCGCGAAACGCUCUUGGCAAACCCUACAAAGAUCCAAGAGGUUUUGAUCGAGGCGGUAAAGGUGUAAAAUCCUUCAACGAUGAAAAUGUUAUUAGAUGUAUAGAAGACGGUAUAUGGACCACCCAAGCACAAAAUGGACCGAUCUUCAAGGAGGCCUUCGAGACCUGCAAAAACGUUAUUCUGAUCUUCUCAAUCAAUAAAAGUCGAGCUUUUCAAGGUUAUGCGAGAAUGGAAACCCUCCCCGGCGCAAUUAAAGUCCCUUCCUGGCAAAACUCGAUUAAUUGGGAGAGCGCCGGAGCAUUUCGUGUUCGAUGGCUCGUCAUUUGUAAUGUGAGGUUUGGAAAGAUAGGACAUUUGAGGAAUGAAUUGAAUGAAAAUUUGCCGGUGCUGAUUGGGAAGGAUGGACAGGAGGUUGAGGAAGGGUGUGGGAGGGGGUUGUGUGAGUGUUUGGAUGGGGAGGUGGAGGAGGUCUUGGGGGUGGAGAGGAGGUGGAAAAGGGCGAGUGGGGUCAGGAGGUAA